AUGUUUUUUGUACCAUUUGGUUUUACUUUACUAUCUAGGUUUGGUGUACAAUAUGCGUCUAGUGUACUAUAUGUGUCUGGUGUACCAUAUGGGCCUGGUGUACCAUAUGAGCCUGGUGUACCAUAUGAGCAUGGUGUACCAUCUAAAUCUGAUGUACCAUCUGAGUCUAGUAUACCAUCUGGUUUUGGUGUACUAUCUGGUUUUGGUGUACUAUCUGGUUCUAGUGUACUAUCUGGUUCUAGUGUACCAUAUGUGUCUGGUGUACCAUCUGAAUCUGGUGUAAUAUCUGGAUCUGGUGUACCAUCUGGGUCUAGUGUACUAUAUGGAUCUGGUUUACUAUCUGAAUCUGGUGUACCAUCUGAAUCUAGUAUACCAUCUAUGUCUGGUGUACCAUCUGAGUUUAGUGUACCAUCUACUCUGGUGUACCAUUAG